AUGGUGUUCCUCUGGGGUCUGUUGCUGCUCUGCCUAUCUGCUCUGCACAGUCACCUAAGGUUUUCUUCGGCACAUGCCAUUGAGCAAAAGCGUCUCUUCUUAGACAAAGAUGGGGAGCUGAAGGACAUGAAAACCGCUGGAGUCGUACAGUCUGCUCUGCUGGAAGACAUCCCAACCCUGUCAAAUGCAGAGCUGGCAGACUUUAUCUAUGACAACUUCCAGGAGAAUGAUGGACCCAUGUUACCUUUCGCUACCACCCCACCAGGCACGAGGAAUGACUGGAACCCAGAAAAUGAAGCCGUAGCUGGGGCUGUGGGCUGUCGUGAACAGCAACCAUCUGGGGAAAUUGCCUCUUCUGAAGAGGAAGGAGAGGCUGAAGAUAAAAGCUGUGAGAUGACUUGGAAGAAGAGCCAGACACUAGCAGAUGGCUUGAUGAGAUUCAGCAUCGAUCUCCUGAUAGAGGUCCAGCUGGAGUCCAACAGAACUAAUGUGAUCCUGUCACCCCUCAGCAUCGCCCUCGCUUUGUCUCACCUGGCACUGGGAGCGGCAAAUCAGACAGAGAAGCAUUUGCUGGAGGUGAUGCAUCUGGAGUCAGUGCCCUGUCUCCACCACAUGUUGGGCACCCUUCACAGAAGGCUCACAGAAUCCACCCUCAGCCUUGCGUCACGUCUGUACCUGCAGAAAGGAUUUGAGGUGAAAGAGAAGUUUCUGGAGGAUUCAGAGAAAUUCUAUGGAGCAAAGCCCAUGACCCUUUCUGGGAUCAGUGAGGAUGACCUCGUAGCCAUAAACAAGUGGGUAAAGGAAACAACUAAUGGGCAAAUACCCACCUUCCUACAGCAGCUCCCUGAAAACACAGUGAUGCUCUUGCUCAAUGCAAUCCAUUUCCAUGGGUUUUGGAGGAAUAAGUUUGAUGCUAGCUUCACUGGGCCAGAUGUAUUCCACCUUGACAAUGAGUUCGUGGUCCCAGUUGAGAUGAUGAAAGCCCAGAAGUACUCCCUGAGCUGGUUUACACUGGAGUCCCAGGACAUUCAGGUGGCCAAGUUUCCCUUUAAGAGUAACAUGAGUUUUGUGGUCAUUGUACCAAACCAGUACACUUGGAAUACCUCUCAUGUGCUGGAGAACUUCCCUUAUGAACAACUAUGCAGGCUUUUCCCAAAAGAGGUACCCACCACAGUGAAGAUUCCCAAAAUAAAAUUGGACUACCAGCUGGAACUCAACAAGGUUCUCAGUCAAAUGGGCCUCCAGGAGCUGUUCACAAGCCCAAAUCUCCAGAAGAUCACAGAUGAGCCUCUCUUCGUAUCCAGUAUACAGCAUCAGUCUACCCUGGAGCUUAAAGAAGACGGGGUGGAAGCAUCUGCUGCUACCAGCGUCGCGAUUUCACGCUCGGUCUCUGCCUUCAGCCUUGACCGGCCCUUUCUCUUCAUUAUCUUUGAAGAUGAAACAGGCAUCCCACUUUUUAUAGGCAGUGUCCAGAACCCUAAUCCCAAUGCUGCUCCCCAGAUAAAAGAGCCACAGGACUCACAUGAAGCAACAGAUGUCAACAAGUACCCCAUGCCCAAAUAAGACAGAAGCAGAGCCUAAGCAUUCUGGGACUGCUACCUGACCCUUUGGACCAGCUAAGAGAGGCCUCCUCUCCUUGGAGACCUCCCUCUGAGGCCACAAGAGGCAAUCCCUUACUGUUUUCCUUUACAGAUCCUUAGAGACCAGUCCUGGGAUAGCCCAUUCCAGCCUUGAUGAGCUUCUCCAGGCUGGGGUUCCCCUCUGUUGAACCUGAAAAGCUUGUUCUGCCUGGAUUUCCCUUCCAGAGUCUCAGUCCUGGAAGGGAGACUUCCUUGUCCCCAGACUCUUAUUAGAGUCUUUAUUAAGCUCUGAUUAAGAGUCCCCUGUAGCCUGGAAUCAUCAUUAGCAUCUGGCAGCUGGGACAACAGCCAGAGAUAUUAAUAUGG